UGUGUGUAUUGUUUAAACUGCUCAAAUCAGCCAGAGUUUCCAGACCGAAAAAACUUCCAGCACACCGAGUCAUGGCGGCCGCAGUUAAUACAGCUGCCAAUGAUGAACGCACAGACACGGAGCACCGUUUGGCUUCUCGUCCGCUUAAUGAGAAGUACGACUCCGUUGUGGACCAAGAAAACAGGAAUCCCGGGGAUCGCCGGUACCCCGAACUCGUACCGAGCGAAGAGGACACGACACCGGGACGCGAGAGUCAGCGAAGGGUCGACGAGGACUUGACAUCACUGAGCCCCGAAGAGAUCGAGAGCCGCUUAGAGAGAACUCGACGGGAGUUUUACAACAGGAGGAAAAUUAUUAUAAAAAACUUACCCUCCGACAUUAGCAAUCAGGAGGUUCAUGAGCUCUUGGGCAGCUAUGACUUGAAGUACUGCUUUGUUGAUAAGUACAAGGGCACAGCAUUUGUCACACUACUCAAUGGAGAACAGGCACAAAGUGCCAUCAAAGAGUUUCACCAGUAUGUGCUACGGGACCGGGAGAUCUCCGUGCAGCUGCAGCCAACAGACGCUCUGCUGUGCAUCGCCAACCUGCCCCGCGCGUUCACGCAGCAGCAGUUUGAGGAGCUGGUGCGGCCCUUUGGCAACCUGGAGCGCUGCUUCCUGGUGUACAGCGCCACCACAGGGCAUUCCAAGGGCUACGGUUUUGUGGAGUACAUGAAGAAGGACUCGGCGGCCAGGGCCAAGUCGGAGCUCCUGGGGAAGCAGCUGGGCUCCCGCAUGCUUUACGUCCACUGGACUGAGGUGGGCUCCCUGACGUACCUGCUGCUGCACUCCAAAUGCCUGUGCGUGGACCGCCUGCCUCAGAGCCUGCUGACAGCCCAAGACCUCCGCAAUGCCCUUGCUGACACCCACACACCAGUCUUCUGCCAGUUGGCUCAGGGACAAGAUGGAAGUUUCCGGCGUUUUGCAGUGCUGGAGUUUGCCACUGCAGAGAUGGCCGAGGAGGCACAGCGACUCACAGAUGGCAGGCUGCUGGGCGGGACACAUAUCAGGGUGUCCUUCUGUGCCCCGGGUCCUCCUGGAAGAAGCAUGUUGGCUGCUCUGAUUGCUGCACAAACCAUGGCUGUAAACAGAGGUAAAGGACUCCUCCCUGAUCCCACAGCCAUGCAGAUACUCACAGGCCUCAGCAACCCCGCCGCCCUCAAGAUGCUGCUCAACCCACUGACACAGGGACAUAAACAAGGCCUCCUCGGUGCGGCCCCUGCAAUGCCGCCGCUGCUUGCCAAUCCUGCUCUCACGGCCGCCCUGCUCCAGCUUCUCCUUCAGAACCAGGCCAAGGCUCAGCAGCAGCCGGGACUUAUUGGGGAGAAUCCUCUGGCCGCUCUGCCUGUCCAGCAGGGAGUCCAUCUGCUCGGAGACCUGCCCCAAGGUGGUGUCAUUCCUGGAAUGGGUCUUCAGACAGAUCCUCUGCCCCUGAAGCCAGUGCCACGUGGCAGAAGCCUGUCAAGGGAGCAGGAGUCCCCUACAUCAGCUUGUCCCUUCCCUCAGACCUCCUCUCCCACCCUGCCGGGCAUCUCGAUGCCCCUGCUGGGUGGCAUGAUUGGGGCAGAUGGCCACACAGCACAAAGGGUUUCCAUACUUGGAGAUCCUGCAAAAGAUGCAAACCUUCCCCAGAGUCUCUUCCUCAAUGUCAGCAAUGUCUUUUCCUCAGGAGGAAGCUGCAGGCCUCACCCCUACAGGAAGAGGCCUACACUGAGUAACGUGUCCAACCAGAGCAUACAACCACAUUACAACCUGCGUUACCAGGAUUCCUACAGCCCUGAAUACCUUUCUCUCCAUCGGGAUUCCCUGGCGCACUUGUAUGAACAGCAGGAGAAUCUUGAUGCCGGGGCCAUGGCAGGAUUCGGUCAGCAGCCCCCUCAUUGCACUGAAUACAGUGAGCGGUUCCCCCCCUACAGUUACCCUCCAAGCCCACCUCUGUCCUCAUAUUUCAGCUCAGGGUCUGAGAGCUCCUGUAAUGGGAGCCUUCCUACCCCCCAGCUCAACAGGGCUGUGGGAAUGCCUCCUGUGAGCCACACCACCAACUACUCCACAGGUGUGGAGACUGUUAUGAAGACUCCCAUUGGCAGCCAAAAGCGCGUGUUCUCCCGGCUGAUCCCAUCUCCUGAGCCGAGCCCUGAAGGUGGCUAUGUAGGCCAGCAUUCCCAAGGCCUCGGCGGUCACUACGCAGACUCCUACCUGAAGCCGCUGGGGUGUCUGUCUGGCUGCUGAGGUCUGCUGACAUCCUGGGGAGCAGAAGAUGGUUGGUGUGUUUACUUGGUUAUCCUGUGUUGACUUUAUGACUUAGUUCUGUCAUUUGACCUCUUUUAAAGGCCCAGUAUUAUCUGCUGAUUUUUGUACAACUUUUGCAUU